AUGGUUGGGUGUUCGGCCCUGGGUUGCAUCAACUCAACGGAGAAGGGUUACAAGUUGUUCCGAGUACCUUGGGACCCUCAGCGUAAGCUGCAAUGGGCAGUAGCGUUCCGACGAAGGCAAAAGAACGGCGACUUGUGGAUUCCCGGCGUCGGCGCACGUGUGUGCUCUGUUGAAGAGAAACGUAGCGACUACCCCAGCCACGUCGAUUAUGUGUCGUCUAUCUUCUCGUACAACGACGACAGUCGUGCCCGAUCACGCAGGAGGAUUGAAAUGCAUCAUCGUCACGCUGCAAUAUCGCGAAAACGGUUGGUAUCGCAGGAACAGCAGGCAAGCUGCUCCAGUAUCAACACUGCUGUAGAAAGUUUGGACGAUAUGGACAGUAUGAGCGAUGUGGACAGCAUGGACGCAGCGGAAGGGUCGCCAACUGGCGACAACAUGGUAGACGCAGAGGUCCAGGCGACAGAAUCAACAGGGAUGUGUGCAAACUGUUACUCCUUGGUCAAAGAACGGGAUGCACUCAGGGACGAAGUUUCCACACUGAGACGAAGGUGCAGGAGGCUGAGAGCAAAGCUGAAUACGUGCCAGGAUGUUGGGCAGAUGAGCGAAAAGGUGACUUUCUACACAGGACUCACAAAGGCAGCAUUCUUGGCGGUGCUGGCAGCUGUGGUUGCUGCAUUACCACCUGCACACAAAUGCAUUCCACACCCAAGCCAACUGCUGCUGUUCUUAAUGCGCCUGAGACUCGGUUUAUGCAACCUUGAACAUCUUUGCCUUGAUGUCCAGGCCCUUCAACUUGUCCACGCAGCAAGAAGUGUGGACAACCACAAAAAGGACUCCACACUGAAGUUCCUUGUCUGUGUGAAUACCCAUGGCGCAAUCACCUUUGUCUCUCCUGUUUAUGGUGAACGAAUUUCGGACAAGGAGAUAACUCUUCAGAGUGGGUUCCUGGGUAUGUUGCUACCAGGUGACCAGAUUCUAGCAGGCCGGGGUUUCCUUCUCCACAAGGACUUUUUCCUGCGGGACGUGCAGCUGAUAACACCGGCUUUCACAAAAGGACGAUGA